AUGUCUAAGAAUACUUAAGUUGAAGUUGAAGGAAAAGUUUUACCUUCAGAUAUCCAUUUUCUGGUUAAUAGCUUGCUAAUAUCUCUGCAUGAAUGGUUUAUGGCUAGAGUUUUGAAAUUGGCUAUUAAAAUAGCAGCUUGA